CCCGGCAGCGUCGCGUCGGCCGGUCGGUUACGCCAAAGAACCGGCCGCCGGUAGUAAGUAGUGUGUCUCCGCGGGUCUACGAAAUACGUGCGCCGCAGCACAGGUGUCCGCGCUGCUACCACAGUAAUAAUACGUCGCAUCGUACGCACGCGUAAAUAUCGCACAAACUCAUUGCGCGCUAUCGCCGGUACGACAACUGCUGUCGAUUAUCCCGCACGCAGAGCGCUGUUCCCGCGUCGUCGAUUUAUUGCGCUAGAGUGUCCGGCCGAUUCCGGCACAGCGCCCGAGACAUUUUUCCGGUCGGCGUUCCGAUUUCCCGUCGCGCGUCGACGUCGGGCUCGCCGAUUUCGGGAUCGUCAUUCGCUUCCGCGGGUCUCGAUCCGCCGCGGUAUCCGCGUGGUUGUCAUCGCAGCCCGCAGCCCACGCGCCAGUAAUGUGCGACCGGCGACGUGCGGAAAACCAGUAAACGAAAAGCCGAUACAUUGCUGCACACGUGACACGGGGAAUAUGAUGAUCGUUUUCGGGGGCCGAAAAAACGUUUGACCGAAGCACAGCGACCAGCGACCUCGCAAAGAGAGUUUGUACCGCCGGAUACGAUACCGCACAGACGUCAACGUCGUCGUAACUGUACCACCGAAUUGAAACAGUGAUGCUAGCGAUGGGUGACAAGACUUCUGCCGCAUGGCCCACGUGGUGGAUCCUCACAUUUUCUUUGAUACAGAACGCUAUGAGCGUAGGUGGUGGUGGAGGUGGUGGCGGUACCAGCGAUAUUUGGCCGCUCGAACGACCUGACGGUAUGCCGGUGAUCCAGUCAUUGGAGGUGAUGUGUGGCAAGGAUCACAUGGACGUGCACUUGCAGUUCACACAGCCCUUUGAAGGCAUCGUUUCGUCUAAGGGUCAAUACGCUGAUCCGCGUUGCGUAUACGUGCCACCAUCCACCGGCAAGACAUUCUUCACAUUCCGCAUAGCGUACGCGCGGUGUGGCACUAAACCUGACCUCAACGGUCAGUUCUAUGAGAAUACUGUGGUCGUCCAGUACGAUAAGGAUCUGCUGGAAGUUUGGGACGAGGCCAAGAGGUUGCGGUGUGAGUGGUACAAUGAUUACGAGAAGACCGCAUCUAAACCACCCAUGGUCAUCGCGGACCUGGAUGUUAUACAAUUAGACUUCAGAGGUGAUAAUGUCGAUUGUUGGAUGGAAAUACAACACGGAAAAGGCCCAUGGGCUCCACCAGUUAGCGGUAUAGUACCUUUGGGUUCUACGUUAACGUUAGUAGUAGCCAUCAAUGAUUAUAGAGGUGAAUUCGACAUGAGAGUAAAAUCUUGCGCCGCGUCCGAUGGUGGUGGACACGUCAUACAGUUGACAGACGACCAGGGAUGUGUAUUAAGACCGAAAAUGAUCAGCGGAUUCCUGAAAGCCAGGACUUCAGAUGAAAGGGCGUCCGUCAUAACUUAUGCAUUCUUCCACGCUUUCAAAUUUCCGGAUGCACUCAGCGUGCAUAUUCGGUGCAAAGUGGAAAUCUGUCGACACGGUUGUCUGGACCACUGUCAAACGGAUGAACGGACAUCGGCCGGACAUUUAUUCCAUCAGCAGCAGCAGCAUCAGCAACAUCAGCUACAAUACGGGGCAGUGGAUAGAAAAGAUCAACAGAACGAUCGGUUAGAUUAUGUUCAAACGGUCGUAGUCAACACGGAUCAGCCGAGUGCUCAAGCACAGAUCCACACUCCAUACGAUACCACCAGUCACAACAAACCGUUAUCAGGUCAAAACAAGGAGACAUUCAACCGGGACGGCUUCCCGCACGGGCCACGAAACCUGGACGACGACGCCGCGGCCGAACCGUCGUCGACCGGCGACGACAAGCAGCCGCCGGCGUCAUCCGCGGCGGACAACGGGACAGCGGGCGAUCAGACGGCCGCGAGCUCGGCGCAGCAGCAGAGGCGCCGGCGCCGGCGUUCAAUGAACGUGUCGGACGCGGGCAACGCGGACGUGGGCGUCAGCGGGCUGUACGACGUCAUAUCGCAAUCGGACCUGGCGUUCACGCCGGACACCAAGGCGGACGGCGAGGCGGUGACCAUUUUCCAGGGGCGGAUCCGCGAGGACGUGGUGUACGGCAUAUGCAUGCCCGUGCACGGGUUCGGCGCGCUGUUCGUCAUGUUCGCGGGCUCGGCGAUCGUGUCCGUCGUGGUGGCCGGGUUCCAGUUGCACAAGUACCAGGUGAGGCGGGAGACGCAAAAGAUGAUGUCCGUGCAGGCGCACCAGCACAGCGUGGCCGCCGCCGGCGGCGGUUACAUCCACAACUCGCUGGCCGGCAUCGUGGCGCUGAACAAGCUGAUCGCGUCCAAGACGACCGCCGCCCAGACCAGACGAAACAGCUAAUCGUCGACUGCUGUAUUGAUAUCAUCAACAGUAUCGUUUACUAUCCACGCGUUAUAUCAUUAUAUUAUCAACUAUAUACAAGUGUACAUGGUACACACUUACUUCGACGACGAUGACGACGACCGCCGCGACUUUCGGUACACGCAUAAAUCACGCGAUCGAUGCCAUCGCCGUUUCGAAUCAUCGUUAUCGCCGUCGGUCGUCGAUGUCGUCGGCGUACAUUUAUUCAUAACUUUAGUGAGGCUAAAUCGAUUGGGGGGGGGUGGAUGAGAGGAGGUGGAAUUUAGUUUGAAAAAUAUUUUUCUCUUUACUUACCCGUCGCCGAACCGAAGAGAGAAAUAUACUUUUAUUAAUCUUUAUUCGGCGGUUUCUUUUCUGGAUGAUUAUACUAGUGCACUAUUUAUACCUAUAUACUACUUAACAGGGCUUUAUUUUGGCGUGGGGAAAACGAGGGGUCGUUGAACUGGGCUUACAGAAUGUUUAGGGGGAGUGGAAAUUUUUCGUUUAAUUGUCAUUUUCUUUUUUCUUUUUUCACUAUGCAUGACUCCGCUCGGCGAUUUCUUGCGGUGAACAUUAUAUUAUUUUCAUAUUUGUUACCGUAAUUUAUAAUAAUAUUUUCAGUAGUAAAAAAUAAAUAAAUCAUAAUCGAAAAAAAUCUAACUUCCGCUACCAAAAUAUCAUAUUGUAAUUAAACAACAAUAUUGUCUGUGUCACAAAUAUCAGGGAGAAAAUUCAAAUUAUGUAAUUGUUUCUUUUCUUUUUUUGACAUAUAAAUUAAUUUUGCCAUAAAAAUUGAUCUUUUAAAACUAGUACUUUUUUUUUUUGUUAAAUAGGCGAUUAUUUUCGUUGCAACUGCGAAAAAUUCGUAAAUACAGUCCUGAAUUGUAAUCAAUCAAUGUAAUAUUAACGCUCCAAUUUAAAGUGGCUUAAUAUGAACAAAAAAAAACAUACAAUUUACCUAAGUAUAAUAUAGUCAGCCGUCAUAAAUGAAUGUUCUAUUUAUAUUUUAUCAUAAAUUAUUUAGAUUCUUAAAUAUAAAACUAUCUAGGUCAGCCCACCAUAACACUAAAUCCAUCUCUGAACAUCAUAUUAUCGCCAUGCGGCAUAAAAAUCCUCUGACUUUAUUAUGAUGUAAUAUAUAAUACCCCGGUUAAUACUGAUAACAAUUAAUACUUAAAAUUAUAUAUAUUUAUAUUU